AUGGCAGAAGAUAAGAUAAGUGACGAUUCUGUUAGCCAUCAUGCUGUGGAAUGCAGUAAAGAAGCUUUCAAGGAUGAUGAAUUUGAAUCUGCAAAAGCAGAAAUGAGUGAAGUCAGAGAAGAGAAUGCCAGGCUAAAGACACUGCUGGAGAAAAUAGAGAAGGACUACAAGUCCCUUCAAAUGCGCUUUGUUGAUAUUUGUCAGCCAGAAGCCAAUAAGAAAAGCGAUCAUGAUCCACCUCCUUCAGGAAAUGGACAAAUUGAAGAACUUGAACUUGUAUCUCUUUGUCUUGGAAGAAGUCCAAGUGACCCAAAGAAGAACAAUAAUGAUAGCAGCAGCUCUUUCAAGAAUAGAAAAGAGGAUGAAAAUUUGAAGGAAGGUCUUAAGCUUGGUUUAGACUUCAAUUGUUUCCAAGACUGUAAAUCAGAUGCUAUAGAUCUCAGCACCGAUCCAAGCCCUGACAACAGCGCAUUAGAAUCCAAAGAAGAGGAAGCUGCAGGAGAAACAUGGCCACCCAGCAAAGUUCUGAAGGCAAUGAGAAACGAAGAUGACGAUCUUUCUCAAGCUAGUAUUAAGAGAGCUAGGGUUUCUGUCCGAGCAAGAUGUGAUACCCCUACUAUGAGUGAUGGAUGCCAAUGGAGAAAGUACGGACAAAAGAUUGCUAAGGGUAAUCCUUGCCCUCGAGCAUAUUAUCGUUGCACUGUUGCUCCUUCAUGCCCGGUUAGGAAGCAGGUGCAACGAUGUGCUGAGGACAUGUCCAUAUUGAUUACUACCUAUGAAGGAACCCAUAACCAUCCACUUCCAGUUUCAGCCACAGCCAUGGCCUCAGCCACAGCCGCAGCAGCGUCCAUGCUUCUAUCCGGCUCUUCGAGUUCUGAACCUGGACUCGGACCAGCAGCUACGACUAACUUAAGAAGCAAUCUACAUGGCCUAAAUGUUAACCUGUCCGACAACUCAAAAUAUCAUCCAUAUUAUCUGCCUAACUCUUCCUCAUCUCCAUUUCCCAGUAUCACUCUGGACCUUACCACUAAUCCAUCCACUUCAUCUGCUCAAUUCAACAUGUUCUCCUCCACCAGCCUUCAAUCUAGACUUCCUUCAACAAGUUUGAGCUUCUCACCAUCACAAACAAACGUCCCCCCAGCACUUUGGAGCAAUAAUAACCUCAAUUAUGGUGCAAUAUCCUAUAACAAGAACCAAAUGAUUAGCACUUUAUCAUCUGGAAGAACGUCCCAAGAGCACCUCUACCAGCCAUUCAAGCAGAAGAACUACCAAGCACCAGCCUCACAGCAGGCUUUGACAGAAACAUUAACUAAAGCAAUCACAUCAGAUCCUAGUUUCCGUUCAGUUAUAGCAGCUGCAAUUACAACAAUGGUUGGUGGAGGUGGUGCAACUCCAGCAAACAUUAAGGUGGAAAAUUUAGGCAAAAAGUUGAAGUGGGAUGAGCAAAUGACCGUCACCUCUUCUAAUGGUUGCACAUCAAGCUUUCUGAGCCAAUCAUCAUCUUCAGCUUCGCAAAGUGUGAAUUUGAGGAAGCAACGAACUCAGCCGGCAUUUUCGGUAUCCAUUGGUGCUCCGUCCGCGACUCCUGUUGAUGACAUGGAUCAAACCAACUCUGGAGAGCCAUGA